UUUGUGACCUAAAAUCGCAUAAUUUUUUUAAUCACACUAGGCGAAUUUACGAUCUGCCUACUGCCAUGGCUUAUAUUCCUCCGCACAAGCGUCACUCUAGUUCCUCUCCGGCGCCGGAGUCUCUUCUGCCCCCGCAAUUUCGCAAAAAAGUAAGCAUAAGUGAUCGGAACUCACACGGCAGGAGCACCUGGAAGGACAAGGGGUCCAAAAUUAUCUACGCAGACAACGCGAUUUCCAAGUGGUUCGUGGUCGGCUUGCCCAACUCGGACAAGGAAGAUGAAUCUUCGUGCGACCUUUCAGCUCUCACCAGAUUCGAGCCGGUAUCACUCGGAUCCUUCGUGAAAAAAUCGGGUGAAACCCCCUUAGUUUUGGUUCUAAAAGGUAUGACAUCCUAUUCUACUUGUUCUUCGCGCUCCAUAUUCGAAACAAUAAUUUCAACCUAAGCGCGAGGUACAAGUAAUUGCGCUUUAGUAUUUGCUGUGAGCAUUACAUGUAAUGUCAUACAACUGAUAAGUAUGGCUUGUGACUGUUAUCUUACUAUUUACGACCUUCACUUUCCAUAUUGUUAUGCUCUAGACGACCCUGGUGAGAGUGAGGAUGCUUUUGUGGAAAAACCGUGGUUUUUUGUUGUUGAAAAUGUGAAGCAGGACUUGCUUGAAGCAUUCGACAGGGUGACGAGUGAAAUUCUGGGAAAUGAACGUGAUGCAGUAAAGCCAACUCUAGUUGCUAGGGUUGGAAGAGUUCUGUUUCACGGAAAUCUUUCAUCUUUACACUCAUGGACUGAAAGCAGUUUGAGAACAUCGAAAAGAUCUUUUUACACUAAUGUUCCUCUCUCAUAUAUGGAACACCUAACAAACGAAAUUGUUCAAAAAGUUGGACUUGACUUUGAGGGGGAUAAGGAGUUGUACCAUGUUAAGAUCUUUGAUAAUUUACAGCCUGAUUCAACAAUCUCAUGUAAAUGUACUGUGCGAAAAGAUUGUAAAAGCAUUGAACUCUACAAGGCAGGUUUCUACUUGCAUUCCAUGACAACAGGAUGAUUGAGUUAAACCAGGUGCGUCACCUGGUUGUGGACAUGUCUUUUCUUCGGAAGAGCCUAGAUUUGAGGUUAAUGCUUAAUACCAAGAGAAUCGUGAUAGCUUUAACUGAUGACGAAGAAGAUUGUAUAAAAGCUCUAAUUUCUUGUGCCAUUCUUGAUCCGGACGUUAAGGGUGGGCUUCGAUGGCCACUUGGGAAGGAUACAUUGGGAGGUCGGUACACCAUAGUUGGUGUCUGGCAUACCAAUGCUAAAACAUAUAGAAGUUCAUCAUUCAGGCUUAAGGUUCGACGUGCAGAUCGAUUUGAUUUCAGAACAUCAUCUGGUGAGGUUUCAGGGGAGGUUAUUCUGAAAAUGCACGGAGUUGUAGCAAAAAUGGAGAAGCAAACGUGUGAAAAUGACAAAGUGGUGCGAUUGCUUGGAGAUGAUUUGAAGUUUAUAUGGGAUCACUUGAUGUGCAUCAAUAAGUGAACUCAAAGUUCUGGAUUUUGGAGGUGGCCUACUAGUUAUUGCAUUUUCAUCUCUUGUAAAUAACUUUUGCAGUGACUUGGUAUUCCAGCUCUCGUGUUGUUUUGGUACAAUGAUUUCUUGUAAUUUGUAAAGCAUCCCUUGACCCCAAAGUUCAAGCCUCAUUGACCUCAGUUACUCAGUAUUAGCUCUGAGUUUUUGCAACCAUCAUGCUUUAUAAUGACACAUACCUUUUCGAAAUACCGAGUAAGAAAUUGUUACCAACCUACUCCUUUGGUGUAUAUAUUUUGAAUUUUACAUAA